AUGAUGUCUGACGAUACGGUACCUGGAGAACCCUCAACGACAUCCGGGACUUCUUCAAACAAUGAAAUUCUAGAAGCAUCUGGAGAAAUUUUAGGCUCUCAUACAGGUUUCGGUCAAUCGAACAAUGUUGUGGGUGAUAGCAUUGAUGAAGGAAGUCUUAUUGGCAGUCUUUCAGACAUAUAUCUUGCGAGUGGCACCGGGGACGGUGAGUCCAGUGAUACUAGCAGUUUGCAUUCUUCAGUUGGACAUAUGAUGUCUGAAAAGUUUCAAGGAAUAGCAGCAAACGUUUAUCAUGAAUUCGAACAAAUAGUAGAUGUUUACGGUAUACCACUCGUCGAGCGUCUAAUGCCUCAUGUCGUCAACAUGUUGGAAAAUCUAGACGAAAUGUACAAAGAGCAAACUUUACUUCAAACCAAAUUGGCAAAACUGAAAGAGGAUCGGGAUCAUUUAAUAUCAGAACUUGAAAAUGAAAAAAGGCUUCGUAAACAGUCACAGGCUGUAAGUUUUUGA